UAAAAAAGUUAUCAAUGUUUCAAAAAAAAGAGAGAAAGCUAUCACGGGACGCCUGGUAAAUGUUUAAAGUAAGAUAAUGUUGGUUGUGAUUUGUUUAUUCGUCGUAUUGUGGAAUGCAAAUUGUCAAACUCACAGGCCCAACAACUUCUACCACGGAUAUCCCGAAGUACAACAGAACCCUUUAGCAGGAAAAUUAUACGGUACUGAUAACGUCAAAAACCAUGGAGGUAAUGGUUAUUAUCCGUUACCUGCAGAUUUAAAUGACAACAAAAAGUGGCAAACCCUUGAGUCAUCAGUACACCAUUAUGGCGACGGUUCUAAUGCAGUAGCUUCAACGCCAGGACUAACCGACAUAACCAAAGUUGCGGUUAAAGGUGAUGGUCCAGUCGUCGUCAGCGGUGGUAGCGUUGUGAUUAGACCGUCAGCCGGAGGUUUCGUGGUGGACGGUGGUGGAGAUAUAGGGACGUUAGGUGAACCGGAACCGGUCGGAGUACAACAGCUGCAACAGCCGUUAUCUGUCGGACCAUACGACGUGGCUAGCGAUGGAGUGUUGCAAUAUGGCCUCUCACCCCCGCAACGUUAUCAGCCAUUCGGAUAUCCGUUUUUCCACGUUUCCGGACUGUUGCAACGGUUGCUGUUUGGAAGAACAAUAUUCGGCUCGUUGCCAUUGGAUAGUUACUCACCGUUGUGCAGUCGUUUGACGGCGAUCGGCCGAUUUCUCCUGGAUAGGGUGUUUGAGCCGUUGUUCGCUACUAGCUUCUUCAUGGCUGCGUCGUACCUUUUUCGGACGUCAGUAUUGCCAAGGAUAGCUCAUUACAUUCACGUGUAUGCCAUGUUAAAAGACCACGAGGACGACGGCAGGUUCGCGAACAGUCGUCAGAUAACCGGAUACUUGGACACCCUGAUUGCGGUGGUCAACGACGUGGUUAACGAAGACAAACCGUGUUUACGGAGAAUUUUCUGUGAGGCUGGACUUCAAACGGCCAAGAGUCCUGUUGCUCAAUCUGUUCAAAGCAUAGCAAAAAUAAUUAUUUCAAAACAUGAAUUGGUACACCUUUUCAAAGAAUCAUUAACUGGCUCUAUUUUAGAUUGUAGUCAAUAUAUGUGCAAAAAUGAUGCAAAGUUUAAAAUGUAUUCUUUUAAUUCCUUUAAUGCACUAAAGUAA